CGUUUCCAAACAGACCCUACCGUGAUGCGGACCUUCAAGUAAACGCUUCUUCUUUACGAUAUAAUAAGUCCAUUAUUGAGAGUUUCGAUCGUCUCUCGAUCUUCUUCAACGCCUUCGAUUGUUUUCUUCUUCUGUACAACACUUAGCGAUGAAGCCAGGAGGAUCAGCAUUGAAUCCCCACGCAGCAGCUUACGUACCACUCUCCAAAAGAGAGGGUGCUUCUGCUUCUGCUUCUGCAAAGCCUGCUGCUGCUUCCACACAUCACGUGCAGUACCAACCCUAUGGAGCAUAUGGUUAUGGAGACCAAAGUUCUCAAAUGUACAUGCCAAAGACAACAUACUCCUCUGACAAGCAGUUGAGGGAUGAGGAUUUGGAGAUGGACAUGGAGAUUGAGUACCUUUCGGCCACGUUCUUCGAUUUGUCACAUGAGUCUAUCAGUGAUGUCUACUUGGCCAACAAUGGUGAUCUUGAUGCAACAAUCGAAAUGCUGAAUCAGCUCGAGAUUUACAGUACUGAAGCGCAAGAAUACCUUCCAGACACACUGGACAUUGGCGAUGUACCUGAAACCACUGCGCCUUCGACUUCCUCAGCUCCAGAACAAAAGAAUGUGAGUAAUGAAGCAAGUGCAUCAUCAACAUCCUCGGGUACCCUCAAAGCUCCUGUGUCUUCCUCCUGAUUUGAUGAGUCCUUAAAUCUGAAGUAUUAUAAAUUUCUUGCAAUGGAUAUGAUAUCAUAUGAAGCUUGAUGGUUAUCUUAGGAGAGAUCUCUUUCUAUGUUUUCCUCAUCCUCCCCUGCUUUGUUUCCUGAGGAGAGAGAGUACAAAAAUGUAUAGCUAUUUUUUUUGGAAUAUUACGAGUUUGGGUGUUGAGAAUUGGGAUUGUUCUUAUGGUGGACAAAAGCUAUGAAUCAAUAAUAGCCUUUCUGCUC